UUUUUUAAAAAAAUAACCUUUUUUAAUAGGAAAAAAACUCUAAAAAAUGUCAAAUUCUUUUCUUGAUAUAAAAAGGUUUUGUUUUCCUUUUUUUCCCGUCAAAAAAUGUCAAUUUUUGGGUACUUUUUUGCAUUUUUUAAUUCCUGUUUCUUUUGAUAAAUAUUUAUAUGAUAAAUAUGUCAUUAUAAGAGCAAGAAAUGGGCAUCAAUAUGCUCCAAGACGCACAAAAUAUAAAAAAGCUCAUAAAGGAAGAAUUCCAGUACCUAUAGGAAUGUCAAUUAAAGGGACUACAGUUGUAUAUGGCGACUUUGGUAUGCGUCUCAAAGAUCAAGGAGUUCGAUUCAGUGCAAAGCAGCUUCAGACGGCCGAAAUGUUGAUUAAGAAAGCAAUAAAGCCUUUUAAAGGUUCUAGAAUAUAUACGAGAGUGUCUACGAAUAUUGCAGUAUGUAUAAAAGGGAAUGAAUCUCGUAUGGGAAAAGGAAAAGGUAGUUUUGAUCAUUGGGCAGUGAGAGUACCUGUAGGACGUGUUGUUUUUGAGAUUGGGGGUGGUGGCAUUUCUAGUGAAGCUGCAAUGGAAGCUCUUCGAAAAGCAGGAUAUAAAUUACCUGGAAAGUGGGAAAUUAUUAAACGAGAUGCACCAGGAAGAAUUGGAUUGCAUUAUGCCCCUGAUAAAACAUUAUCUAAUGAAGUAGAUACAUAGUUUUCUAAAAAGAAUAUUAUGUAUAUCAUGAAUG